AUGUCUCCUACAAUAUUUAAAAGCCCUCUGUUUACCCAGAGUGUUACAUCAAAAAAGUGUACUAAUGAUUCCAAAUUAUUUCCGGAUAAACUAUCUAACAAAAAAGCAAAGAAGUUGGUUAAAAAAGAAUCACAUAUAUUAAAAGAUCUUAUAAAUGAAUUAUCUACCGAACCCGAAACUUCACAAGUUUCU